UGAUAACUGUCCUUUUAUUUCAGUAGUCCUGAUGUUGUACCUUCGUUAAGACAUCAUUAAAUAAGUAUUUCGAAUCGAAAAAGUAUUUAGUCGGUUAAACGGAACUUUUAGUGUAACUUUAGCCGCUACUAGCUAACCUUUGUAUUCGCUUUAACAGUUGUUUGUAGCAUAGCGUGACGAUAGCUAGCUAGCCGAGGCUAGCUCUGAGCAUAGCUAGUAGCUAAUUGUUAGUUGGGUCGCAGUUUCUACCUUUAACAAAGCGCAAUUUAUUCUUUCCACGCGUUUAAUCUCGUUAGCAGAGAAAUAAAACGCUCAUUUGUACAGAGAAAUGUCGCUAACAGAGGGCGUCCUUUCAGAUGAGUGGCCCUGAGUUUGAUCAGAUGAGUUAGCGAAAUGUCUUGUAAAUCAACCAAAGUCGCCCCGAGUGUUGAUUUUGAUCACAGCUGCUCCGACAGCGUGGAAUAUUUGACGCUCAACUUUGGCCCGUUUGAGACUGUCCAUCGUUGGAGAAGACUUCCUCCGUGUGAUGAGUUUGUUGGUGCCAGGCGCAGCAAACACACAGUUGUGGCAUACAGGGACGCCAUAUACGUGUUUGGAGGAGAUAAUGGGAAGAACAUGCUGAAUGAUUUGCUCCGCUUCGAUGUGAAGGACUGCUCUUGGUGUCGAGCUUUCACCACUGGAACUCCACCUGCUCCCAGAUAUCACCACUCAGCUGUGGUCUAUGGCAGCAGCAUGUUUGUCUUUGGGGGCUACACCGGAGACAUAUAUUCCAAUUCAAACCUAAAAAAUAAGAACGACCUGUUUGAGUAUAAGUUUGCCACAGGACAAUGGACUGAAUGGAAAGUGGAAGGAAGCUUGCCGGUGGCCAGAUCUGCACAUGGAGCUACAGUCUACAACGACAAGCUGUGGAUAUUUGCUGGCUAUGACGGGAAUGCCAGACUAAACGACAUGUGGACCAUCAGUCUGCAGGAUCGUGAUCAUGCAUGCUGGGAAGAGAUUGUUCAAAGUGGUGAAAUUCCUCCAUCCUGCUGCAACUUCCCAGUAGCGGUGUGCAGGGAUAAGAUGUUUGUGUUUUCUGGUCAGAGUGGAGCCAAGAUCACUAAUAACCUCUUUCAGUUUGAAUUCAAAGGCCACAUGUGGACGCGGAUCCCAACGGAGCACUUGCUGCGGGGCUCUCCUCCACCUCCUCAGAGACGUUACGGACACACUAUGGUCGCCUUUGACCGCCACCUGUACGUAUUUGGAGGUGCUGCUGAUAACACGCUACCCAAUGAGCUGCACUGUUAUGAUGUGGACUCUCAGACCUGGGAGGUGAUCCAUCCCAGCUUUGACAGUGAAAUGCCGAGCGGGAGGCUCUUCCACGCUGCGGCUGUGAUCCAAGAUGCCAUGUACAUCUUUGGAGGGACUGUGGAUAACAAUGUUCGCAGUGGGGAGAUGUAUAGAUUCCAGUUCUCAAGCUACCCAAAGUGCACUCUCCACGAGGAUUACGGUAAACUGUGGGAGAACCGUCAGUUCUGUGACGUGGAGUUCAUUCUGGGCGAGAGGGAGGAGAGAGUCUUGGGGCAUAUCGCCAUAGUGACCGCGAGGUGCCAGUGGCUGCGGAGGAAAAUCCUGCAGGCCCGGGAUAGGCAGCGACAGAGAACCAAACAGGAGAGCAGUGAGGAAAGGGAUGAGGGAGCAGCUGGAGGCCCGAGGGAUAUCCCAGCCGGCAAUAGGCCAUCGGGCAUGCAGCCUCUGCUGGAGGUAUCCAUCAGGGAAGCAGAGGCCCAGCCUUUUGAAGUCUUGAUGCAGUUUCUCUACACCGACAAGAUCCAGUACCCCCGCAGAGGCCACGUCCAGGAUGUGCUCCUCAUAAUGGAUGUCUACAAACUUGCUCUGAGUUUUAAGCUCUCCCGGCUGGAGCAGCUGUGUGUGCAGUACAUCGAGGCGUCGGUGGACCUGCAGAAUGUUCUGAGUGUUUGUGAAAAUGCCAACAAGCUGCAACUGGACCAGCUGAAGGAACACUGUCUUAACUUCGUGGUGAAGGAAUCACACUUCAAUCAGGUGAUCAUGACCAAAGAGUUUGAGAAUCUCUCCACCCCGCUGAUAGUGGAGAUAGUGCGACGGAAGCAGCAGCCGCCCCCUCGGGUGUACUCGGACCAGCCCGUGGACAUCGGCACCUCCCUAGUCCAGGACAUGAAAGCCUACCUGGAAGGGGGUGGCCUGGAGUUCUGUGACAUUGUUCUGCUGUUGGACGGUCACCCGCGGCCCGCUAAUAAAGCCAUACUGGCAGCUCGAUCCAGUUACUUUGAGGCGAUGUUUCGCUCCUUCAUGCCAGAGGAUGGCCAGGUGAACAUAUCCAUCGGUGAAAUGGUCCCAAGCAAGCAGGCUUUUGAGUCCAUGCUGCGUUACAUCUACUACGGCGACGUCAACAUGCCUCCGGAGGACUCUCUCUAUCUGUUUGCUGCACCGUACUACUACGGCUUUUCUAAUAACCGUCUGCAGGCUUACUGUAAGCAGAAUCUGGAGAUGAACGUCACAGUGGAGAACGUCUUGCAGAUUCUGGAGGCGGCAGAUAAAACCCAGGCUCUUGACAUGAAGAAGCACUGCCUCCACAUUAUUGUCCACCAGUUCAUCAAGGUAUCCAAGCUUCCCAACCUGCGGUCUCUCAGCCAGCUGCUGCUGUUGGACAUCAUUGAGUCUCUAGCGACGCACAUAUCAGACAAGCAGUGUGCUGAGAUGGGCUCAGAUAUUUAAGAUCGCUCUCAGCCAGAAGUCAUCCAUCUGCUGCACCAACUUCUAUCCAUUCCCUCUCAAACCCUUUUUUUUUUUUGCCUCUGCAUGUCUCGGAUACAUAAACGAAGGAUGCCUUUUGUCUACGCGAUCAAGUAGUUCUCUUGUCUCACUGUAAAUCAGUCAGAGGUAAAUAAAAACACGUUAUUCUUAAAAUUAUAAUGUAAAAACUGCUUUUUGUGUACUUUCUGAAAUAUUUAGUACACAUAAGGUAGUAUUUUUUAAACUGAUGUGCAGCUACAUGACACUAGAUAUGUGUCAGUUAUGUUUCAAUGUUUGUUCUCAGAUCGGCCGUCAGAAUGCAGUAAUCGGUUAUUCUCACCUAUAUUGUUCUUAGCUCCAUAACCUGUAUUAUUUAUUUAUAUUCAUAGUUAACAAUUAUUAGAAUUACUGUAUGUAAUUACUGUUAUUUUUUCUAUGUUUUCAUGGUUAUCCCAUGCUAACAUUUCUUUAUUCAUACUUCAAAAUUAAGUGUAACAUCAUUGUAAUAUUACAUGCACAAUCCAACAGGAGUUUAAUGCAUUUAUAGCCUUAAUAAAGCACUUUCAGUCAUA